ACUGAGAGCGGUCGAUCGACAACAAUCCACCAUCCGAAGGGUUCCUGCAUUUAUCUUACCCGCCAACCACCGCCACGGGCCAAACAAGAAAGAAAAGUGACCAUGGACCACUCCCUGUCGGACGGAAGCGGGGACGAGGACCUCCCCCUCUCCCAUCCAGCCCGGAUCGGGGAGUUCGGGAGCAAAAACGACAAGAACCGCGGGGGCUGGGGGGAGUCCAUGGAGCUCGCCCACCAGCGGGAGGCCGGGAGGCGCGUCACCGCCGGUGCACCAGAGACCGUGGUGGCGGUCGACCUGAGCCAGUUUCGCAACACCGAGGUCGGGAGGGGGUACCAGGCGAGGCACGUCGUGCGGCAGCGAUCGGCGGCGAUCGAGACCACUAAAACCACCACCGUCAACGACAGGGUCCACCUUCCCCGGGCGAGAGACUCGGAACGGCCCGUCAAACAAGAGCCCCUGGACAAGGAAGACCUGCUCCGGAACGAAGGUCUACGGCUCUUUCGGAAAGAGAUCGAGAGUAUUUUGGCGUCGCCGUAAAACAAAAGAAUUGAGAUGGACCCGUCGUAUCCACUUGUCUUCUCUGUAUCUGACGAAUUUAGCUACUACAGUACUACGUAAACAUCACACUUUUUAUUUCCAACGAAAGCACGCCAAAGUGCAACGGCCUAGUGUUGCAUUGAAUUGUAGUUGAAUCUCGUCAAAAAUGAACGUGUCGCACUAGUAGAAUACACAACUAUCGAAUGA